GGUCAUUGGAGCGAGUUCUAUUUAGCCUGAUUCAUGUGUAUCACCGGUGUAGACGGCAAAGACCCCGAAACGUGGACAAUAAGGUAACUUUGUACUUUUAUGAGUCCACCAAUCAUUCGAGUCGUGCAGCACUUACUACGCAGCCUUGGGCCACCUUCCGACCUGCCUCUGAACAGUGAAGAUGUCCGGCAGAUUUGUUUCUGCGGGAGGCGAGCCCGUUCCAGAAGUGUCAAAUGAUGCUUGGGCAAAGGCCAAAAAAGAUGUCGAGGCUCAGCGAAAACCCAAGCAGCUUGAAGAGGGGACCCAAGAAGGUGGUAAGAGUCUGUACGAAGUCUUACAGGCUAACAAAGCUGCCAAGCAAGAAGCGUUCGAAGAAUCCGUUCGUCUGAAAAACCAGUUUCGCGCCCUGGAUGAUGACGAGGUUGACUUUCUUGACUCGGUGCUGGAAUCAAGCAGGGCAAAGGAGGAUGCUGUCAGAAAGGAGACGGCUGAUCAGCUUGAAGCCUUUCGCAAGCAACGUGCCGCGGCGGAACAGGCUCUUUCUGAGCAAACAACAUCGGGAGAGACCGGAAAAUUGGACUUGGAGGUAGGCAAAAGUUCUUGGACGACGCAGAAGAAGAAGCGCCGCCGUGAUAGAGAGGACGAAGAUGGCGGGCCCAAACUCAGAAAAAUGUCUUCUUCUGUUGACGAAAAGACGCCCACGACAGAAACGGCGAAGGCCGAAAUCACAAAGACAGCUGAGGUUCCAGAAAAGCGGCAGCCCACGAUCUCUCCAACGCCAACAACGAAGACUACGAACAAUGUCCCCAAAGUAGCCACAGUUGGGCUAGGUCUGGGCGGCUACGACUCUGAUGAAGACGACUGACGACAAUAACGUUCUUGAAGAAAAUCAGAGCGCAAUAGUCACCAUUGAUAUAUCUGUGGCAACUAGCACUGCAGUUUUCGUACUGCAUGUGAACCUGGUUUCCUUCGUCCAUGUGGACGAGGACGGUCACAUUAUUGAUAUCGAAUUUGGUGCUUGAGAACGCUGAAAUACUGGCAAGCCAAUGCGGACUGUUGUCAAGCGGGAACAGUGCUACCACAAACUCCGCAGAGUUGCAGUAUGAAUAUGGUACGU